AUGUCGACCGUUAUAAUCGGCGGCGGAAUUAUUGGCGUUUCCAUAGCGUAUUUCCUUUCCGACCCAGCGGUGCAGAAGAAACAUCCAGGAGAAAUUCACAUUGUGGACUCAUCUGGAGAGCUGUUCUCGUGCGCAUCGGGCUAUGCAGCAGGAUUCAUUGCUCGGGACUGGUAUGCUCCAGAACUAGAACAGCUGGGUGCAUUGUCGUUUGAUUUGCAUCAGCGGCUCGCCGCUGAGCAUGAUGGAACAGCGAGAUGGGGAUACAUGCCGAGCAUUGCAUUGAGUCUUCAGGUCGAGGGUUUGGAUGGGAAGAAAACGGCCAGGGGCGAUGACUGGCUCCGUCGGGGGGCUAGCCGGGCGGAAGCUGCAUCGAAGGACAAGGGGGAUGGCGGAUCGACAGCUAACGAAGAGUAUCCAUCGCCCGCAUGGUUGACAAGACAGAAAGGCGCAUCUAACCGAGAAACAUGCUGCAGAGACCCCUUACGACUGUGCAAAUUCAUGCUCGCCAGAUGCAUUGAGCGAGGCGUACAGGUCCACAACCCGGCCAGAGCUGUGUCCACGACCAAAGAUUCAGGGUCUGGAGUGAUAUCUAAGGUGGUAAUAGAAGAUAUCCAGACUCACACAAGACGCAGCCUUCCAUGCACUAAUAUUGUCUUUGCUGCUGGGCCGUGGACUCCUCGGGCAUUCAGCUCACUCUUCCCGCUCUCCAAGGCGCAUAUUCCAGUCCUGUCACUCUCCGGGUACUCUCUUGUGUUCCGCUCUCCUCGCCAUACCUUGAGUCAGGAGCGAGAGGUCUAUGGAGGGAAGAGUCAUGCAGUAUUCACCACCCAUCCGCAGUCGUGUGGGUUCAGCCCGGAGGUAUUCUCUAGAACCAACGCGGAAAUAUACCUUGCAGGUCUGAACGGACUAGACAUCCCGCUGCCGGAGGUAGCCACUGAUGCUCAUUCUCUCAUGACAAAGGACAAAUUAGCCCGUGUGAGAGAGGCAGCUCGUAUAUUGAUGGGCCGUCCCCAAGACGGCCUGGAGGGAGAAAACAUCGACGAUCUCGAGGUGGUUCGAGAGGCCCUCUGCUUCCGCCCUUAUAUAGAGUCUGGGCUACCGAUCGUUGCCCGUCUGCAGGAUUCCAUCACAGGGACUGCAGACCGGGUUUCAGGUGGGCUGUUCAUGGCCACCGGGCAUGGUCCUUGGGGGAUCUCGCUCAGUCUGGGGACGGGUAAGGUGAUGGCAGAGAUGAUCUCCGGCAUGGAGCCCAGCGCCGACGUGAGCAGACUUGGCUUAGUGGCAGACAUGGCUCGCAGCAAGCUCUAA